AUGCGUAUUGCCCUUCCAAAUCCUUUUCCUCUGCGAGCAUCAUUUCCUUUCCUCCCGGUUGGCCAUUUCCACGCCGACAUCCUCCGCAUCUGGGCUCACAGGAAGAGCCAAUGCUCUCCCACCUCCACCAUUCGAGGAUAUCCUUUGCUGUCUGCCCUGAGAGACUUCGGCCCGUUCUUCAUAUUUGGUCGCAGCUCUUCGCAACGAUCGGGCAAAUCUUCGCACUACAUUACGAGUGGCUUUGUGCAUCUGCAGCACAUGGUGGAGAUGGCCUUGAUUAAAACACUGACAGGAAAAGCCCGAAACAUUGGCCUCUACAUUAAGAAAAUGCCAUACCCCUGCUAUGGUGAAACUAAUUUAUUUCCAAACAUGUCUGUUUUACUUCCACUUGUACUUGUACUGCUUUGGAUGUUUAACGUCGCAGUGACAAUUAAAGACUUGGUUUAUGAGAAAGAAGCCCGUCUGAAAGAAACCAUGAAAAUGACGGGACUUAAAACAGGAACACUGUGGCUUAGCUGGUUCAUCACCAGUCUUGUGUUUUACCUGCUGAGUACAGUAAUAAUUGUCAUGACACUUAAGUUGUGUAACAUCCUGCCAAGCAGCAAUUGGAUGGUCAUAUUUUUUUUCCUGAUUUCAUUUGCCUGUGCCACUAUCAUGCUGUGUUUUCUCAUGAGUACUUUGUUCUCCAAAGCCACCAGGGCUACCGCAUGUGGGGCGAUCUUAUACCUAUGCUUGUAUUUGGCAUAUUUACCAUUUAAGUCAUGGCAAAACAUCCCCAGUACUUCUAAAUUUUUGGCUAGCUUUGUGUGUCAUGUGGCCUUUGGUUUUGGUUUGGAUCAUAUCUUGAAUUGUGAGGAGGUAGGCGAUGGGGUCCAAUGGUCCAAUUUGCAGUCCAGUGAUGGAGAUUUAUACAACUUCCAUACAUGUAUAGCAAUGCUUUAUGUGGACGCCUUCAUCUAUGCUACAGCAGCCUGGUACAUUGAAGCUGUGUUCCCGGGUGAAUAUGGUGUGCCACAGCCGUGGAAUUUCCUCUUUAAUAUCAACUACUGGAGGGGAGUUCCACUGAAUAACAACAUGCCAAUCCCAAAUGUCCCUAAAGGGCAUCGUAAAGCUUGCAUUGAAGCGGACUCAAGUAACCUGGUCGUUACUGUCAAUAUAAGUAACCUGGUGAAAAUCUACGAAAAGGGAGGCAAGAUUGCUGUCAACCACCUCAACCUGAGGUUCUAUGAGGGGCAAAUCACCUCACUUCUCGGACAAAAUGGAGCGGGAAAAACAACUACCAUGUCUAUACUGAUUGGUCUGUUCCCUCCUACUUCGGGGACCGUGUAUAUCCAAGGGAUGGACAUCCGGAAAAACAUUGACAUCAUCCGAAGGACCCUGGGAUUUUGUCCACAACACAAUGUCCUGUUUGACUAUAUGACGGUGCAAGACCAUGUGUGGUUUUAUGGACGUCUCAGAGGUAUGUCUGAAGAAGAAGUAAAGGCUGGCCUUAAUUCUUGGCUCAAAGAUGUUGGACUGCUUCACAAACGUCAUGAACGGACAACAUUCCUCUCUGGUGGAAUGAAGAGGAAGCUGAGUGUGGCUCUUGCAUUUAUUGGCGGACCAAAGGUCGUUGUUUUGGAUGAACCUACAGCAGGGAUGGACCCGCAUUCCCGUCGAGGGAUCUGGGACAUGUUGCUGAAAUAUCGCAAAGACCGAACAAUCAUCCUGGCCACUCACUACAUGGAUGAGGCAGAGAUACUUGCUGAUCGUAUUGCCAUUAUCUCCCAAGGAAGGCUGUGCUGCUGUGGGUCGCCUCUCUUUCUUAAAUCUAAACUGGGGGUUGGCUCCACCCUGACUAUGGUCAAAGAGGUAUCAAUACCAGACCGACCCGGGACAUGUAAUGGAGACACCAGUGCAGCCAUGGCUGCGCUGCUGUCCAUGCUUCAUCGCCACUUCCCCAGAGCCAAGCUGAUGGAGUUAAGUCAUGAGGUGGCAAUAAAUAUACCCCAGGAAGACUGUGAGCCUAGGCGAAUGGCUGUCUUCCUGUCUGAACUAAAUCAGAAUCUCAGCACAUUUGGAAGUAUCAGCUAUGGUUUGUCUGACAGUAAACUGGAGGAUCUCAUGGAGGUCAGGUACGAUGGCGAGCGCAUGGUGGCCAGGCCUACACCCAUGGGGCUCGGCCGGGCACAGGCCAAAGAGGCUCUUCCCAUGGGAGGAGCCGAAGAGAAUCUGGCUCUGGGGAUGUGGAAUGUCGCCACUCUAGUUGGUAAGGAGCCCAAGCUUGUGUGUGAGGUUCAGAAGUUCCAACUAGAUAUAGUGUGGGUCACCUCGAUUCUGGUGGCCAUCGUUCGAACAGACGUCCUAGACUUCGUGAAAGCCGGCCCCACCUGUAGCAAGAAAAAGACCACCAGCCAUUCCCAGCCGGCUUGCUCCAAUCCCUGCCAGUCAUCUAAGUUCAGCAAGAUGAGUCACUUCAUCCCACUGCCAAGCAGACAGCACAGGUGGUUAUGGAGCAGGUAUUCUGAAUUCACGGACUACCAAUGGAUGUCGUAUCUGACCGGGGUCCGCAAUUUGCAUCCUCCUUCUGGAAGGAGUUCUGCUGCCUCCUUGGGAGCCACAGCGAGCCUCAUGUCAGGCUAUCACCCCCAGUAUAACGGACAGUCGGAAAGUCUCAACCAAGAGCUUGAGACAUCCCGCCGCUGCAUGGCUUUACACAACCCCCAUUCUUGGGCGCAACAUCUGCUGUGGGUGGAAUACGCUCACAACUCCCUUCCCAGCUCUGCCACCGGCCUGUUCCCCUUUCACACUGUAUUCGGCUAUCAACUGCCCCUGUUCGCCAGCCAAGAGGGAGACGCUUCCUGCCCUUCCGCCCAAGCCUGCGUAUGGAGAGCCAACCGACAAUGGACUGCAGCCCCUGCAUACCAAGUGGGCCAGAAGGUAUGGCUUUCUUCCCAGGACCUGCCACUCCAGGUGGAAUCACGUAAACUGGCACCCAGGUUCAUUGGUCCGUUUCCCAUCGAGAUAAUCAGCAGCUUAUCAGCUGUCCGACUCAAACUACCCAAUUCUAUGAAGCUUCACCCAACCUUCCACGUCUCCAAACUAAAGCCAGUCCAUGAAAGCCCCCUGGUCCUGAAUGCAGCACCACCUCCCCCUCGUCACCUGGUGGACGGGGGUCCUGUCUACACAGUUCGCCGCUUGCUCAAGUCACGCCGCCGGGGCAGGGGCCUCCAAUACCUGGUGGACUGGGAAGGAUAUGGUCCUGAGGAGAGGAUGUGGGUCCCAGCUGGGCGCAUUGUAGAUCGAAGCCUUAUAUUAUUAGACUUCCACCGCCUCCAUCCGGACCAACCAUCCGUCUGGCGGGGUCAACCUAGAGCGGCUUGCUCGAGGUGCAGGCCCAUGCCUGCAUCUGACUCCGACACUGUGCCCAUGCCUGCAUCUGACUUUGACUCUAAACCCGACCCUGUGCCAUCGGUAGUUGAUUCCUCCACUGGCGAGGAGGAGAUUGAGCCAGUGCCCUCAGUGGAUGAGGCCAUGGACUCUGACGGAAUCCCCUGUCAGAAAGAACUUCUACACCCACCUCCAGCACAGGACGUCUCCCUUGUCCCAGGGCAGGUGGAGCACAUUGAUUCUGAGUGGGCCACAUUCCUCAACUCCAUUGUUGAGGCAACCGAUUGGGGCUGUGGCCGUUACUUCGAAGACCUCAAUUUCACCAACACGCCUUCCUUUGAGGAAGCAGACUCUGGGGACCCCAAGGUGGGUUCUCCUAUCUCUGGUGUCAUAGUCACUGAGUUGGUUGGAAAGCUCAUCGGUAGCAAGGCUUCCGGAGGCGAUGAGAUCCGCUCGGAGUUCCUAAAGGCUCUGGAUGUUGUGGGGCUGUCGUGGUUGACACGCCUUUACAACGUCGCGUGGACAUCGUGGACAGUGUCAGGAGGGAGGGGCGGAGGCCCUAACAGGACCCCCCCGCCUACGGGCGCCACCUGGCGCACGACGAAGAGCCCCGGGAUGGGCACGGUGGAAAUCCCGGAUGAGCUCGCGGGACAACACCCACCGAGCAGGGAUCCAGGACUGUUCUUCUGGGCUGUAACCCUCCCAGUCCACCAGGUAUUGGAGCCCACGGCCACAGCGGCGGACAUCGAGAAACCGCUCCACAUGGUCUGGUAUAAUUCGAAAGGCCUACAUUCGCUGGUGUCAUUUGUCAAUGUCGUGAACAAUGCAUUUCUCAGACAAAAUGUCCCCGACAGUAGCAUUACUGCCUACAAUCACCCACUGUUACUUGGUGAAAGUGUUAUAGAACCCAUGGACGUAAGCAUCACGGCGUUGAAAGAAAUGAUCAUUCAGAUCUGCGUUGAACUUGCCUUGUCCGUUGUGCCAUCCACCUUGGUGCUAUUCCUGAUUAAGGAAAGGGUCAGUAAAGCCAAACACCUCCAGUUAGUCAGCGGAGUCAAUCCAAUAAUCUACUGGCUGGCAAACCUUUUCUGGGACCUGAUAAACUACGCCAUCCCAGCCAUGAUUUUGGUACUUACUUUUCUCAGUUUCCAAUAUGAAGAAUUCACCAGUGUCACCAACCUGCCGGCUUUCAUCCUGCUUCUUCUCUUAUACGGGUCUUCUACAAUCACCUUGAUGUAUCCAUUUUCCUUUAUGUUCACCGUUGCCAGUCAGGGAUGCAUUGUUUUGAAUGCUGUCAACCUUUUCAUCGGAAUUAUUAUUUCCAGAUUGUCCAAACAUGAUGUGGUGAAUCUGAUAUUCAUCUACUUCCCCAUUUACUGCUUGGCAAUUGGAAUGAAGGACUUGACAGCGAUACACAAUUCAAUCGGAAAACCCACUUUGUAUUCUUUUCCUUCUUCGGUUAAUCCUGCCAAAGAUCCUUUCGACCUGGAAUAUGUUAGAACAAAACUUAAUAUAAUGGCAGUAGAGAGUGUCAUCUUCUUUCUUUUCACCAUAUUGCUGGAGUACAAGUUUUUCAUCCGUAGGGGUAUGCAGCCUUGCACUAAGAUCCCUCUUGUCUCAGAGGAUAAGGAUGAGGAUGUAGCCAGGGAAAGAGAAAGAGUUAAAAGUGGUGGAGCUAAUUCAGACAUCCUUACUAUGAUCGAUCUGACCAAAAUUUACCGAGGUAACAGAAAACCAGCAGUCAAUCAACUUUGCCUAGGAAUUCCUCAUGGCGAGUGUUUUGGCCUGCUUGGUGUCAAUGGCGCAGGAAAAACCACGACAUUUCGCAUGCUGACGGGAGAUACGACUGUCAGCUUUGGAGAUGCUUUACUCAACAACUGCAGUGUCGUGCGUGAAAUGGACAAGGUUCACCAGAUGAUGGGAUACUGCCCACAGUUUGACGCCAUCUGGAGCUUUCUGACUGGUACCGAACACCUGGAAAUGUAUGCUCGUGUACGAGGGGUGCCUGAGGAGUCUGUCACCAAGGUGGCUGAAUUGGCUUUGAAGAAGCUUGGACUCAGCAAGUUUGCCAAGCAAAAAGCUGAAGGUUACAGCGGAGGCAACAUGCGGAAGCUCAACACCGCUAUCGCCCUCAUUGGUGCUCCACCUGUUAUGUUUCUGGAUGAGCCCACCACGGGCAUGGACCCACUGUCUAAAAGGUUCAUGUGGGACAACAUCCGGUGCCUCAUCAAAGAUGGAAGAUCAGUUGUUCUGACUUCCCACAGUAUGGAGGAAUGUGAGGCUCUCUGCGACAGAAUAGCCAUCAUGGUCAGUGGCUCUUUCAUGUGUCUUGGCUCUGUGCAGCACUUGAAGAACAGAUUUGGUGGUGGCUACACUAUCACCAUUCGUCUGGCAGACAGGGAAUCCGAUCAAGACACUUCUCCCGUCAUAAUCCUUAUGAAGAACAUCUUUCCCAUGGUUGAGCUGAAGAAGCAGUCCCACAACGUGCAGCAGUACGAGCUUCCGGCACAUGCCUUUUCCCUGGCUCAAGUGUUUGACAUGCUGGCCAACAAUUAUGAGGAAUUGGGCAUCAGUGACUUCAGUGUUUCACAAACCACACUGGAUCAGGUCUUUAUCAACUUUGCCACGGAGUACACUGAAGAUCAGACAAAAAAGCCCAAACAUAAAUUCUGGACCCAAUAUUGUUUUAAGUCAGCACGCAUUAAACCAGACGCACCAAUUCCGCUGCAGCCAAGUAACUCCUUUCACCUAUAA